AUGUCAUCAACUGCUAACUGGAAGACUACGACCGACCACCAAGAUACACCGCUGUUGAACUUUCAGGAUGUUUUACUAUUGCUUGUGUUAAUAGUCAUUUGUUUACUUGUAUUUUUUCUCUUUCUAACGUUUUGUCUCAAACAAAGACAUCGAAAUCGCAUUGGUUUACAGUCAUAUCCGCCAAUACAUCAGCAAACAGAGUACACUAUUGAUUCUUCUGAGCUACCACCACCACCAUAUAAUUGGCAUCAACCAUCUCCUCCUCCGCCUCCGUACUACACGUCGAAAUAA